GGGCUGCGGGCGGCGAUCGGCGCGGGCACCUGCGGUCCCCGCGCGGGGGCUGGCGCUGGACGUGACCCACUCCCUCAGGAUGGGAUACUGACUCCUUCUGCACGUCCUGCGAUCACGCCGGGAACGGGUUUCUGUGGGGAUGCCUGUGACCCGCCAGAAGUCAGACUCCUCGGGGAUGGACUCCGACACGUCCCCCGGCUGCAGGCUCAGGGAUGUGAGCAGAGGUGGGAGUUUGGAGAGUGGAAGCAGCAGUUCUCGGUCCAGAAGUUUCACAUUGGACGACGAGAGCCUGAAGCACCUCACCCACGAGGAAAAGGACGUCAUCCUGUUUUUUGAAGAGACGAUCGAUUCCCUGGAGGAUGACUUCGAGGAGCCCAUCCUGUGCGACAGUGGCAACCGCUGCUACUCCUCCCGUUCUCUGGAAGAGAGCACGUCCAGUCCCUCCGAGCCUGAAGAUGUCAUCGAUUUAGUGCAGCCACCGCCUGCUGCCGGGGAAGCCGAGCAUCUUCCAGACGGGCCACAGGCAGCAGGGGCCGGACCUGCUAGGAAGGAGGGCGUUCCUGACCUUGACUGCGGGAGACCAGAUGCUGAGGAGGCUCGGGCGCCAGACCCCACAGCUCCAGAGGCCCUAGCUCUGCCCCUGGCCCCGCCUGGCCCCUCCGCUCCAGCCCAGCCCCGGAGGGAGCUGCUCUCCCCUCCGCCCGCAGAGCACCCGAAACUGCCCCGCUCCGUUCCCACCCCCCUGGUCAUCGCUCAGAAAAUAUCUGAGAAGUUGGCAGGGAAUGAAGCCCUCUCGCCCACAUCCCCCUCGAAGGAGGGCAGGUCUGGGGAGUGGAGGACGCUGACUUCUCCAGCCCCUCGGAAUGGCGACCACGUCGUGUGGCACAGACACACGGCGCCCCCUGCGCCCAAGGCCCACCGCUGCUUCCCCAGCAACAUCAGCGUGACCAACAGCUCGGGGAAGGACUUCAACAAGACCAUCUCCAAGGCGGCCGUCAGCGUGCAGGAGCGGAAAGCCCAGGUCUUGGCCAACAUCAAUGGUGUCUCUUUCCUCACCUCGGGAGACAGGGAAGAUCGGUCACAGAGGAGUGACCUCGCCGAGCAGAGAAGGAGCUUCUCUCCAGAGCAGGUGAUGUGUGACCAGGACAAGCCAGGCCUGGUGAAGGAAGCGGAAAGCCCUUGGGUGGCAGGGCAGGCCGGGGGGCGGCAGUCCAGAGCCGUGCAGACGGAGCCAUCCCCGGCACUGGCCAACGGCUUCCAGACCAUCCACGACGUGCUGAAGAGCGAGCCCAGUCCCUUUGUGCCCACUGGAAAGACCAUCACCUUCCGUCCGGACCCGGCCCUCCCCGGCAAGCUCGCACACCAGGGUGCCAGCAGGAGCUGCUAUGAGCCCCGGCCCCCAGACUGUGGCCAGGACGCUAGGAGGCGGUCAGGCUCUCUCCCCCGCGCCGGGGGGUUCAGGCCCCAGGGCAUCACCGUGCAGUUCUCUGGCCGGGGCUCCUCGGAGGAGGCCCGCCGCGAGGCCCUCAGGAAGCUGGGGCUGCUCAAGGAGAACUCGUGACAGAGCCGCACCUCGAGCCAGCCAGAGCCAGCAGCAUGGCAAAGGGGGGAGAAAUGAGAUAUGUUAACAUUCACACAGGGCGGGAGCUGUUUGGCCUAAAAUGGAUGUAAAGAGCAGUCGCCAGGGUCCCUCUGCUGUGCCCCGUUGGGGAUAGAGCUGAGAGGCACCAGGCUUGGUGGCCAUCAGGCUGAGCGAGGAAGGAGAGAGUACCGACCGGCCCACCCUGACCAGAGAGUCCUUCCCCAAAGAGAAUCCGGAUCCCUAUCUUGUCAUCUUCCUUUUUCCAAGAACUCAGAGAGAGAAUAACCUUUAAAACUUGGCGUUGCAGUGGCUCUCUGUAAUCCUAGCCCUCUG